UCACAGAUCACAAUAAGCCAAUUGUUUGGUCUUGAAUUUCCUACUCCCUAGAGUGUAGGGUAGGUUGAAGUCUUAUUCAUGCCAGGCCGUGAAAGUCCCCAGAUUAAACAUCUAGAACGACGGAAAGCUCAGACUACUCAUCAAAAUACAGAUUGGAGGGCGAUUGGUGAUCUAUUCCCGGAGAUUGGUCACAACUGCGAGAAGGAUGAGUCUACUGCUUUGCGUAGUCAAAAUCCAUGCGUUGCUGAGGUUAAUCUCAAGGAGAAUUGCCCGAUUGUGACAUUAUCAAAGAUUGAUUGGGGAAAUUUAGUGAAGGCGGAAGAGAAAGUCUCGCUGAUCGGGCGUUUUGUGGGAGAACGUCCGUCCAUGGACUCUCUUAGGACUAACUUGCGAACUGUGCUGCGUCUAGAUGGGGAUUUACAGGUGGGAUCAUUGAAUCAAAGAAAUAUAUUGUUGCGAUUCUCAUCGGAAAGUGAUUGUAGAAGAACCUGGAUGCGAAAUCAAAUCGCAAUCGGAAAUGGCCGGUUGUGGCUCUCGCGAUGGAAGCCGGAGCAAAAUAUUAAUCCAAGUCGAGAUUCUCCCUUCUCCCUGGUAUGGUUUCAAUUGCCUCUACUGCCUGUGCAUUUGUUUGAAUUUGAGGUUUUGUCCCGCAUAUGUAAGCCAAUCGGAAAACUGGUUGAGCUUGACUCAGCAACAAUUAGGCGAUCUAGGCCAAGUAUAGCAAGGGUUAGAAUAGAAAUUGAUGCAUCUAAACCUACUAUUGAUUGUUUAUUGAUUGAAUAUGUGGGUGAAGGAGGAGGUGUGGAAGGUUUUUGGCAGAAAUUUGUGGCGGAGAGGAUGCCAAUCUUCUGUUCUACUUGUGGGCGGUUUGGCCACUCACAGAAGGAAUGUAGACGAAGGGGAGGGGCUGAGAUUCGGCCAGUGAGGUUGGGGAGAGAUGUGGUAGAAACUGUAGAUAAAGAUGACAGAGCACAUAAAUGCCCAGAAACUGUUCGACAAAUUGUCGAGGAGGGUCUGGAAUCAGGGAAAGAAACAAAUGCUAUUAAAAAGAGAAAUGUUGACAUGGUAAUCGAGACUGCCAGGAAAAUUGAGCUAAGUGCCUUGAAAAGAGAUGAGGGCAAACUGGAAACAUUUGUGCAAUCUGCAGCUAAGGCAAAGAUGGACCAACUUGAAGCUGAUUUGGCUACUAAGGCUGAUGAAAUAAUAAUGGAGACAGUCAUGGGGCUGGCUGAUGAAAUAGCAGACAAGGUCUUAAAAGAAGAUGAUAUAGAUAAGCCAAAAGCCAUGGCUGGGGAGGAAGUCUCGAAGAACAAAUUGACUGAAUUAUCUAUGAAAGAUCUAUGUAAAGUCAUAGAAACUCUAAGCUCAAGCAAAAGAAAAUCAAGUCGGAAAAAAGAGGUCGCGGAGAAGGUGGUUGAGGGCGGUAUAGAGGUGGUCGGGGAGGAGGCUGAGCUGGUGGAAGAGGCAGCACUGAAGCUGUCUCGGCAGGGUAGAGGGGAGAAACCCAAGCUUGAAUCUUUGAACAAGGGGAAGGCGGAGUUAAGUGCCAGCCCAACACUAAAUGUGACUGGAAAUCAAAAGGAAAAAGAGAGUGGGGAUUUGGGCUUGAUUACUAAGCCUGUAAGGGAUGAUAGGGAGCAUCGAUCAUUUGUGGUUAAUAAGGAGGCUUGGGAAGAAGCUAAGCAGGAUAUAUUUACAUAUAUGUCAAAAGUAAAGAAGGAAAUGGGGCUGCAAGAAUUUGAGAAAAGAAAAGGGGAAAUUGUACAAAGAACAAAGGACUUAUACUUAAAUAAACUCAAAGGUUUAGCAAAAAAUAGAGGGGUUGGUUUUCUUGAUGAAUCUGCUAUGGAUGCUUAAUGAUACUAGAUUGCUCUAAGAUAUUGAGAGCUGACCUGAGCAGUUCUUUGAUGUCUAGUUUGAGCAGAUGGCUCUUUUGGUGGGGGAAUAAGGAGGGCCACUUACCUUGUGGUCUA